CCGGUUCAUGGGGCGGGCGAGGGUAGUGAGACAGCCAUGGCUGCUGCUGUGGCCCUUGGGCUCUGCCCCUGCUCGCCGGCUACGGCCUGUCCCUGAGCAGCCUUCAUUUCUCCGUCGGGCCGCGGUGCGGGCCGAGAGGACGGUGCACAGUAGCAGGAUGUCAUCACAUUGCCAUACCUCUGCUGUGCUGGUAGUCUUUAUGGCCCUUGCUGCUGGUGUGGGGGCUGAACCGCUGUCGGAGAAGAGCUGUGAUGUGGUUGGUGAUGAGAGUACUGAGUCCCAAAUGGAAAAAGCCCUGCUGAAGAAACUAGAACCCCUGAGCCAAAUAAGAUUUAACACGACUGUGGAGAUUGGCACAACUGAAAACUAUGCCUACCAUUUCAGGGUAUGCAGAGAGGUCAACAGCAGCUUGCAUGAUUUUGCUGGCCUAGUACAAAUGGAUAGGCAGUCUGGAAAGACUACAGUGAUAGGAAGAAUCAAUGAAACCCAGGUCUUCAAUGGAAGUGACUGGAUCAUGCUGAUUUAUAAAGGAGGUGAUUCAUAUGGUAGGCACUGCAGUGGUGAGAAAAGAAGAGCUGUGAUAAUGAUUUCUUGCAAGCGAGGAAUUACAGCGAGUUCAUUCAGCAUUAUUUCAGAAGAGAGGGAAAAGGAGCAGGACUGUUUCUACCUCUUUGAGAUGGACAGCAGUGUGGCUUGUCCAGCUGAGGAUUCCCACCUCAGCACUGGCUCCAUUCUACUAAUCACGUUUUCUGCACUAGUUACAGUCUAUAUCGUUGGUGGGUUUCUCUACCAGCGCCUUAUAGUGGGAGCAAAGGGCAUGGAGCAGUUUCCUCACUUUGCCUUCUGGCAAGACUUGGGCAAUUUGGUGGCGGAUGGCUGUGACUUUGUCUGCCGAUCUAAGCCUCGAAAUGUACCAGCUGCCUAUCGUGGUGUGGGUGAUGACCAGUUGGGUGAUGAGUCAGAGGAACGGGAUGACCACUUGCUACCGAUGUGAUAGGCUUUCAACACUGAUUUCUUUUCUCCCCCUCUCCCUCCAGCCAGUUCUUCUCUCUUCUGAUUUUCUUUACAUGAUACACAUUGGCUGUCUCUGGUGUGUCAGGUCUCAUGGAUGCCUCUAGGUGUGAACAGCACUGGUCCCCAAUGGCAUGCCUGAUUACUGUAAUGCUGUUUUGUUUUCUUUCCAAAAAAUGCAGCAAAGCUAUGGGGAGCAAGUGCUGAGAGUCAGCAAGAAAGCAAUGUGAGUGUUCAGCACUGAGCAGGAAAAGGGGUUUCUUCGUUGAGGAAGAAAGGGCCAUGAAUGGAUGCAGAAAGGGGAAGUCUCAGUUUAAAAAAUUGAGACAGUAGCAGAGGGUUCUUCAGUGUAUUUUUUUUCCUGUGCUUUACAGAAUCUGUUAGACACCUUUUUUUUUUUUCUUUGAAUGCAUUUUUGGCUUUUCUGGCUCCUGCACUGUUGCACAGUUUUUGUCAGCAUAACUUGCAUGAAAAGCUCUAUGCUGGACUCAGUGGAGUUGGAAGAGGCAUUAGCACUCCUCUAGUCUUUUUCUAAUGCCAAUGUGUUGAAAAGUAGAUACCUGUUUCCUUCAAGAGCUGUAAAGGGAUGUAUGCCAUCCUCUCAGACUGGAGAGAGGCAAUGCUAAAAAGAACUGAGUUAAAUGCUGUUUCAGUGUUUUCAAGUUCAGUCAAAAUACUGUCUUCUCCAUCACAGAAGAGAGGAAAAAAAUUAUUACGUUCUCCUAAAGGAAGGGGAUGCUUUCUGAAUGUAUAAGUGACAUCAAGGCAAAAUGAGAAAAUUAAAGACAGCUACUACUUGAGUUCUUUAACAAGCCUCACUGAGCUGUGUGGGUGCAUAAAGCUUCAAGUCAUGGUCAGAAUUACGAUCUCAUGCUUCCUGAAGCUUCCUUGUUCGGCAGAAUGUUUUCCUGGGAAGCUACUAAAGUUUUUAUUUAAAAGGGUAAGAAUGCUAACGUGCUCAGAACUGUGUUGAGAUCCCAGUUGCUGUCCCCUUCAACAUGAUGCAUACCAGUCUUAAGAUAUUUGCCCUGUGCAGAUGGUACUCAAAUACUGUUUGGAGCAAGAGAUAGCCUUCCACUUGGGCACUUGUGAAAAGCAGGUACAGCUGAGUUAUAAGACUUAAUUGGAAGCUUUUGGGAGCAUGGUACCUUGAUUCAUAAUUGCUUUUUGCUUACUUACUCCAGUCUAUAAUAUGGCAGAAGGGAAAGAAAACCAUCUUUAGUCUUGAGGGCAUAGACUGCUCAGUACUACUACUGGCAGAGUACAGAUAAAUUUUGCGAAUUUUUAUACUGACAAAGCAGUAUAACUAAUGACAGUAGGGGCAAAGAGAUGACCCUGGUUUCUUGCUAGGCUGAGUGGGCAAACAACAAAAGUCAAAGCAGGAAUUAUGGUCUCAGUCUUUCUCAUUACAUGGGAAAAAAUGAAGUCAUUAAGCCAGUUGGUACUGUUUUUCAUGGUGGUGUUUAAGGUAACUUGUUUUUUUUGUACAAAACAACUUUCAAAAAUAAAAUGACCGAACACCCUGCUGAA